UACAACUAUGAUUUAGGUUUAAUGUUUGUGUUCUAAGAUGUUGUGUAUUCUAUUUUUACUCUAAGAAAGUGACUGUAAGAAUGUCGUAAAAAAACAAAACAAAACUUGUACUGCCAAAGUUUAUUGUUUCAAUGUUUGUUGCUUUGAUGGAGUGAUUAUAACCAUGACUUCAAACGAGGAAUUUUUACCGGAAGAAGUAACGAAGCAGGCUUUCCGUGAAAAAGUUUGGAAUUAUUUAGAGAAGAAUGAUUUAGCAGCAUUUCCAAGACCAGUACACAACCGCAUACCCAACUUCAAGGGCUCGGAAGAGGCUGCUCAUAAACUAAAAGAAAUUGACACCUUUUUAGCGUCCCAUGUUGUUAAAGUGAAUCCUGACAAGCCCCAGGAAACUGCUCGCUUACUGGCUUUGGAAGCAGGAAAAACUGUGUUAGUGCCAAUACCACGUUUACGCAAUGGAUUAUUAAAACAAAUACAGUUGCCAGUGGGUGCAUCAAAUAAAGAUUGUAGAGUUGGAGCAUCUCGAAAAGGACUUGAGCUGUAUGGAAAACCCAUUGGAUUGGAUGCCAAGAUCAAAGUUGAUUUAGUUAUUAUUGGCUCUGUUGCAGUUUCAAAAGAAGGACACAGAAUAGGAAAAGGUGAAGGAUAUGCAGACCUUGAAUUUGCCAUGAUGGUUGGAAUGCAUGCUGUAGACGAUGAUACUGUAAUAAUAACAACUGUUCAUGACUGCCAGGUAUUUGAUUCUCUCCCUCAUCAGUUGUUUAAGAGUCAUGAUGUUCCUGUUGACAUCAUCAUAACACCAACACAGAUAAUAAAUGUCACACCUCGACUUCCAAGGCCUCCUGGAAUAAUAUGGAGUUUAUUAACCGAACAGAGACUCAGAGAAAUACCUAUAUUGCAGGUCCUACGUGAACAACUAAUGAACGAAGGUAAAGACUGUACCCUGAAGGAAGUUGGCCCUGAUGAUGAUGAUGAACACCUUUCUCAAAGACCACCAGUGAGGCCAAACAGAAAUAGAGAACGCAGGAACAGGAACAAGCAACGGAGUCGUGGAGAUAGUGACUCUCAGGCUCCAGUUGAAGAAUCAGCUGCUGAUGGCAGUGACAACAUUAAAGUCAAUGGAGAGCAUACGAGUAAAAGUGUUCCUGGUGAUGUUACAGCUGGACAGCGUUCGCGAAUGUUUCAUCGGCGGAGGCGUCGUAACUCCAGACGGGAUUCAGCUAAUGGUCCUGUCGGCCCCAGUCCUGAACCAGGAGUGGAAACUAACAAUGCAGCCACUCUCAAUUGUACAAAAGGUGAAGCAGAAAAUCAUAUAAAAGAGCGACCAAGACGCAGACGUACUCGCAAACGACCAGUUGAGUUACCAGCAAGCCAGAGUCCUGAAAAUGUUGAUGAAAGGGAAGUACAGGAUCCAGAAACAAGCAAAGACCAAUACAGAAUACGUAGAGCACAUCGAAGAAAUGCAUUUAACUUCAGUCUACGUGUGGAUAAUAUUGGAACAGAUGUACGAGUCCGAGAAUUAAAAGCAGCACUUGCUGAAAGGGGUGUUCGGCCCAAAGACAUCACGUGGAAAGGGUCAAAAGGGUUCGCUAUGUUGCAUUUUCGUAAUCCUGAUGAACAUGAAAAUAUUAUUGCAUCCCUGCAAGACAUAAAACUGAGAGAGGAAGGUGAAACAUUGUUGGUGCAGUUGGCACAACCAACGCGAAUAGAGGUGACUGAUAUUUCUUCUUUGUAACAAAUACAAAUGAUAGAGCAGCUUUCUCUGUGAUCUUUCCGUGCUGUUGAGGGGGUGAAACUGAUGAUUAUUCUAAAGAAAGUGAAGUAUUUUUGAUGUGAUAAAAGAGUGAGAAAUAUUAUAUUUAUAUAUUUUUGACAGUAAUUUAAUAGUUUAACAUGAGUGUUUGAGAAAGUGAUUGUUCUAAUGUAAUCAACAUAUGCAUUGUAAUUUUCAUUUUAUAAUAUUGAAAUAUCUAAUAGCAGCUCUAUUUUUAUUUUUAUUGUUAUUGUAUGUGUGUGUUAUAUUUAAUUUAUCUUGAAACUUACUGUUAAUGUCUCUUUGUUAAUAUACUAGUGUAUAUAGGUAUAUA